AUGUUUCUAUCUCCAUUAUGCCUUCUGGCGUUCGUUGCAGCGGCUGUGGGCUUCAAGGUGCCCAAAGACUGCAAAGACAGAGAUUCAAGUUGCAACCGUUGGUCUAGUUUGUGCAAGUAUGCGCCAUAUGAACGAUAUAUGGGAGGUGCUUUAUAAAUUUCAGCGCGCUAGUCCGUCCGAACCCUGCGGAUUUAGUCCAAAGUUAAAAGUUGCGCAAUCUUACAUAACGUUGCGCAAUUUCUCUCUUUGUAAAAAUUUCUGCCUUUCUCUGUCGGCUCCUCCUCCCCUCCCCCUUUUUCGUGAACUUUUAACUUUGGACUAAAUCCGCGGGGUUGGGAUGGACUAGCGCGCUGAAAUUUAUAAAGCACCUCCCAUAUAUAUGACCACGCAAUGCGCCGAAACUUGUGGGUUGUGCCGAAAUAUCACCUGUUUUGAUGAUUCCAGGUCGUAAGUUGGCCGUUUUUGAUUGAAAUAUUCGUUUUUAAAAAGUGUAUGGACAUUUGUCGCGUCCCGCACCGUGCACAAAAUACCGCACCCUGCACCAUGCAUUUCACUUUUUUUUAGUUUUUGUACUGAUGGGUAUAACCGCUCAAUUAACUCUUUAGAUGCACAACGCUCAAAGAUCGCCCUGAUUUUUGCGCCACUACCUCUUUCGCCAAGAAGUACUGUCAGAAAAGUUGUGGGUUCUGCAACGAAGACAACGCCACCCCUACCCCGAUUGAUAACACAACUGAGGACAGCCAUCGUGAUGAUGACAAUGAAGACCAUCAUGGCUCUGGAAGUGACGAAGAGGACAAAGAUAGAAGAGAUGAUCAAGACGGAAGUGGCGGAGACGACGAUAGACAUGAUGAUGAUAGCAAAGAAGAUAGGGAUGGAUCUGGAGAAAACGAUGACCACAAUGGCUCUGGAGAUAAUGACAGGCAUCAUGACGAUGGCUCAGGAGAGAAGUUGUGA